CAAACAUGGCAGACGCUUUUGGAGACGAGUUGUUCAGCGUGUUUGACGAUGAACAACAAACCACCGCCAGUAAAAAGAUAUCUGCGUGUCUGACACCAGAAAUUGGGAACAAUGACACCGACAUGGAUACUGCUCCGUCUGCCACGGGCAAGAGGGAGGCCGACAAUGAUGGUGGAGAGGAGAUGGUGUUUGGGAAGAAACCCAAACACGAGACCGUUUCUGACCUGAAUCUUGCAGAGGUUAUGCCCCAAGUGAAGGUGGAGCAAGUUGAAACUGUGGAAGGAUGCUCACAUGAGGUCGCUCUUCCCGCCAGUGAUAAAUAUAAACCACUGAAACCGAGAGUGGGGAAAGCAGCCAAGGAGUACCCGUUUGUUCUUGACCCAUUCCAGCGUGAAGCCAUCUUAUGUAUCGACAACAACGAGUCUGUGCUUGUUUCUGCACACACCUCUGCUGGCAAGACUGUCUGUGCUGAAUAUGCCAUUGCACUGGCCCUCAGAGAGAAACAGAGAGUGAUCUUCACCAGCCCCAUCAAAGCCCUCUCCAACCAGAAGUACAGAGAAAUGUACGAAGAGUUCCAGGAUGUCGGACUGAUGACUGGCGACGUCACCAUCAACCCCACUGCCUCCUGCCUCAUCAUGACAACAGAGAUCCUGAGGAGCAUGCUGUACCGAGGGUCUGAGAUCAUGAGGGAAGUGGCGUGGGUCGUCUUUGACGAGAUCCAUUACAUGAGAGAUCCAGAGCGUGGUGUGGUUUGGGAGGAGACCAUUAUUCUGCUUCCUGACAAUGUGCAUUACGUCUUCCUGUCGGCCACCAUCCCCAAUGCCAGGCAGUUUGCCGAGUGGAUAACCCACCUCCAUAAACAGCCGUGCCAUGUAGUCUACACAGAAUUCCGUCCCACUCCACUGCAACACUACGUCUUUCCAUCAGGAGGCGACGGACUCCACCUCGUUAUUGAUGAGAACGGAGAUUUCAGAGAGGACAAUUUCAACACCGCCAUGCAGGUGCUGAGAGAUGCCGGAGACUCAGGGGGCGGCUCGGGGGGCAAGUGGGACCCGAGAGGGCGGAAAGGAGGCACUAGAGGCCCGUCCAAUGUGUUCAAGAUCGUAAAGAUGAUCAUGGAGAGAAACUUCCAGCCCGUUAUCAUUUUCAGCUUCAGCAAGAAAGAAUGCGAGGCCUACGCUCUGCAGGCGGCUAAGCUGGACUUUAACAACGAUGCCGAGAAACGUCUGGUGGAACAAGUGUUCAACAACGCGGUGGACUGUCUUUCUGACGAAGACAAGAAACUCCCUCAGGUGGAGCAUGUGCUGCCGCUGUUGAAGAGGGGGAUAGGAAUUCACCACGGAGGCCUUCUGCCCAUCCUCAAAGAGACCAUAGAGAUCCUUUUCUCUGAGGGCCUCAUAAAGGCCCUGUUUGCGACAGAGACGUUCGCCAUGGGCAUCAACAUGCCGGCUCGCACUGUGCUCUUCACCAGCGCACGCAAGUUUGAUGGCAAGAACCACCGCUUUAUUACAUCAGGUGAGUACAUCCAGAUGUCUGGGCGAGCCGGUAGGAGAGGAAUGGACGACAGGGGGAUUGUUAUCUUCAUGGUGGACGAGAAGAUGAGUCCCUCUGUGGGCAAACAGCUGCUCAAGGGCUCGGCGGACCCUCUGAACAGCGCCUUCCACCUGACCUACAACAUGGUGCUCAACCUGCUGCGUGUGGAGGAGAUCAACCCCGAGUACAUGCUGGAAAAGUCCUUCUACCAGUUCCAGCACUACAGGGCUUUGCCUGGUGUCGUGGAGAAAAUGGAGAAGUAUGAAAAGGAGUACCACAAAAUUGAGAUCCCUAAUGAAGAGAGUGUGUUCACUUACUAUAAAAUCCGACAGCAGCUGGCCAAACUGGGUAAUGAGAUCCAAGCGUUCAUCCACAAACCCAAAUACUGCCUCCCCUUCUUGCAGCCCGGGCGGCUUGUCAAGGUGAAAAAUGAAGACGCCGACUUUGGCUGGGGAGUCGUCGUCAACUUCUGCAAGAAGACGAACGUGAAGGCCUGCACCGACUCUGAUCCGCUGAUUGUGGUGGAGGUUCUGGUCCACUGCAGUAAGGACAGUGUCAAGGAGGCUCGGACUGAGGCUGCUAAACCUGCUGCUCCAGGGGAGACUGGAGAGAUGGAGGUGGUCCCAGUGAUGCUCCAUCUCCUGACCGCCAUCAGCUCAGUUCGCCUUUACAUCCCCAAAGACCUGAGGCCCUUUGACAGCAGACAGCUCAUGCUCAAGUCUAUUCAGGAGGUGCAAAAACGUUUCCCAGAUGGCUUGCCGCUGCUCGACCCCGUCGACGACAUGGGCAUCAAAGACUCUGAGCUGAAGAAAGUGAUUCAGAAAGUGGAGGCCUUCGAGCACCGCAUGUACUCCCACCCCAUGCACAGCGACCCCAACCUGGAAGCUGCGUACUCCCUCUGUGAGAAGAAAGCUCUGAUUGCAGCAGACGUCCGAGCGGCCAAGCAAGAGCUGAAGAAAGCUCGCACCGUGCUGCAGAUGGACAAGCUGAAGUGCCGGAAGAGAGUCCUGCGACGCCUCGGCUUCGCCGGCCCGUCUGACGUCAUCGAGAUGAAAGGGAGGGUCGCCUGUGAAAUCAGCAGUGCCGAUGAGCUCCUGCUGACGGAGAUGGUGUUCAACGGGCUCUUCAACGAUCUGACGGCGGAACAAGCCACCGCCCUGCUGUCGUGCUUCGUCUUCCAGGAGAAUGCCAGUGAGAUGCCCAAGCUGACCGAACAACUAGCCGCUCCCUUGAGACAAAUGCAGGAGUGUGCAAAGCGCAUCGCCAAAGUGUCGGCAGAGGCCAAGCUGGACAUCGACGAGGAGGCCUACCUGAACCAGUUCAAGCCUCACCUCAUGGACGUGGUGUUCGCCUGGGCCAACGGCGCCACCUUCGCUCAAAUCUGCAAGAUGACUGACGUCUUUGAAGGGAGCAUCAUCCGGUGCAUGCGCCGCCUGGAGGAAGUCCUGAGGCAAAUGUGCUCUGCAGCCAAGGCAAUCGGCAACACCGAGCUGGAGAACAAGUUCGCCGAAGGAAUAACGAAGAUCAAGAGAGACAUUGUGUUUGCUGCCAGUCUCUACCUCUAAGCACCUUCCCAGCGCCGGAGGGUAAACGCUGUUUUUGACUUUUUCGUUCCGAUUAAUCCCUGAUGGAUCUCUAGAACCGUGAUUAUUUUUUGGGGUUUUAGGCUCACAUUUUCAAAUACGGAGUUCAAAUAUUGUGGCUUUUUGUUCCCCACCAAAAUGUUAAAUCGGCUUUUAUUUUAUUUGUUUUUCACGUCAUUUGUUUGACUAGUUCAUAAUUUUUUUCCUGAACUUUGUGAUGUUGUUUUUGUGAGAAUGCCAUUAAAAUUCAGAAUUAACAGAAGUGUUUUCAUUCCGGUGAAUGCUUCUGUGUAAAGAAUACAUUGAAUGUUCAUGCUUAUGUUAGUCUCACUUAAAAGAAAGUCAAAUGGCCUUUUCCUGUUUUUCUUGUUUUAGAUAUUUGUACAUAUUUCAACUUUUUACAAUAAACUCAGUUUGGUGUUUAAAAAAAAUACCGAUUACCAAAAACAAA